GAAAAUACUUCUCUUCUUACCCAUCCCAACUUCACUAAAAGGCAGAUCCUUCAGCCAACAAAAAAAACUUAGCAAACAUGUCCGCCGACGACGUUUUCGAGGGUGCCAUCGGCAUUGACCUUGGUACCACCUACUCGUGUGUUGGUGUCUGGGCCAACGACCGUGUUGAGAUCAUCGCCAACGACCAGGGCAACCGUACCACCCCCUCGUACGUUGCCUUCACCGAGGGCGAGCGUCUCAUCGGUGACGCCGCCAAGAACCAGUCGGCCAUGAACCCCCGCAACACUGUCUUCGACGCCAAGCGCCUUAUCGGCCGCCGCUUCGACGACGCCGACGUCAAGAAGGACAUCAAGCACUGGCCCUUCACCGUCGUUGACAAGGACGGCUCCCCCUACAUUGAGGUCGAGUACCUCAACGAGAAGAAGACCUUCUCGCCCCAGGAGAUCUCCGCCAUGGUCCUCACCAAGAUGAAGGACGUUGCCGAGGCCAAGAUCGGCAAGGAGGUCAAGAAGGCCGUCGUUACCGUCCCCGCCUACUUCAACGACUCGCAGCGUCUUGCUACCAAGGACGCCGGUGCCAUCGCUGGCCUCGACGUUCUCCGUAUCAUCAACGAGCCCACCGCCGCCGCCAUUGCCUACGGUCUUGACCAGAAGAGCAAGGAGGAGAAGACCGUCCUCAUCUUCGACCUCGGAGGUGGAACUUUCGAUGUCUCGCUCCUUACCAUCACCGGUGGUGUCUUCGCCGUCAAGGCCACCGCUGGUGACACCCACCUUGGUGGUGAGGACUUUGACAACACCCUCCUUGAGCACUUCAAGGCCGAGUUCAAGCGCAAGAACAAGCUCGACAUCUCGGAGGACCCCCGUGCUCUCCGUCGUCUCCGUUCGGCCUGUGAGCGUGCCAAGCGCACCCUCUCGUCGGUCACCCAGACCACCGUCGAGGUCGACUCGCUCUUCCAGGGCACCGACUUCUCGUCCAACAUCACCCGUGCCCGUUUCGAGGAGAUCAACGCCGCCGCCUUCAAGUCGACCGUUGACCCCGUCGAGAAGGUCCUCAAGGACUCGAAGAUCCCCGCCGCCAAGGUCGACGACAUUGUCCUCGUCGGUGGCUCCACCCGUAUCCCCAAGAUCCAGUCGCUCGUCUCCGAGUUCUUCGGUGGCCGCCAGCUUAACAAGUCGAUCAACCCCGACGAGGCCGUCGCCUACGGUGCCGCCGUCCAGGGUGCCGUCCUCACCGGCCAGGCUUCGGACAAGACUGCCGACCUCCUCCUCCUCGACGUUGCUCCUCUCUCGCUCGGUGUCGCCAUGCAGGGUGACUUGUUUGGUGUCGUCGUCCCAAGGAACACAGCCAUUCCUACCAACAAGUCGCGCGUUUUCACCACCGUCGAGGACAACCAGACCACUGUUACCUUCCCCGUCUACGAGGGCGAGCGUACCACCUGCAAGGACAACCGUCUUCUCGGCGAGUUCGAGCUCAACGGCAUCCCCCCUAUGCCCCGUGGCCAGGCCGAGCUCCUCACCACCUUCGAGGUCGACGCCAACGGUAUCCUCAAGGUCACCGCUCAGGAGAAGUCGUCGGGCCGCAAGGCUAACAUCACUAUUUCGAACUCUGUUGGCAAGCUCUCUGCCGACGAGAUUGACGCCAUGAUCAAGGACGCCGAGCAGUUCAAGGCCGCCGACCGUGACUACACUGCCCGCCACGAGGCCAAGUCGGACCUCGAGUCGUACCUCCACACCGUUGAGCAGCAGAUCUCGUCGCCCGAGCUCGCUUCCAAGAUCAAGCGCGGAGCCAAGGCCGCCAUCGAGUCCGAGAUCGCGAAGGCUCUCGAGCUCCUCGAGCAGGAGGACGCCACCACCGAGCAGUACAAGAAGUCGUCGCUCCUCCUCAAGCGUUCCAUGCAGAAGGCUCUUUCUGGCGGUCGCUAA